AUGGCGUCUUCAGCUCCUGCACCUGCCCCUACGUUAUCUUGCGGCGGAGCCCAUGACGCACAGGCUCAGCUCCCCCACAUCGUCAUCUUCUCGUUCAUGGCCAAGGGCCACACCAUCCCGCUCACGGACCUCACCCACCUGCUCCGACGCCGGCAGCUGGCCACCGUCACCUUCCUCGCCACCCCGGGCAACGCGGCGUUCGUCCGCGCCGCGCUGGCCGGCGCCGACGGCGUGGCCAUCGUGGAGCUCCCCUUCACCGACAACCUGACCUACUCAGGCGCCCCACCGCGCGCGGAGUGCAUCGAGGCCCUCGACUCGCUGUCCUCCUUGCCGGCCUUCGUCGAGUCCGUAGCUGCGGCCGCGCUCACCCUCGCCGACAUCCCGUUCCCCUUCAACGACCCGGCGACGACGGGGUCGAUCCGCGAGAUAGACGCCAAGGUCGGGUACGCCAUAGCCAACAGCCCCGCCCUGAUCGUGAACACCUUCGACGCCAUGGAGGGCCACUACAUCCAGCACUGGAACCGGCCCGUCGGUCCGAGGGCCUGGCCCGUCGGCCCGCUCUGCCUCGCUCGGACGGCGCCCGAGGCGCACUGGCAUGGCGACGUCGUCGCCAAGCUGAUAGCAGGAGAGUAG